AUGGCUUCGACAGAAGAGAAAUCUUCAAGUGGGUCCCCAGCACUUUACCAUAAGUCAUUCAACAAGAAUGCAGAUCCUUUCUACCCAUCGAACUACAUGUGCUCAUACUUGAUUAAAUGCACUAACAUACCAAGUUCAGUAGAUGUUGAUCAAUUCCGGGAGUUAGUGGACUCAAUAAUAGGCACAAAUUUUUCUGAAAAUGAUGCUACAGACUACCGUGUUACUAAGUUCAUGAAAAAUAAGAGUAAUGUGAAUGAAAUUUUUGCAAUCUUGGAAAGCCCGCACCAAGAUCUAUUUGCCCAAUUGAAAGAAAUACUUAACGGAUAUUAUUGGAUAGAUAGAGCACUCAAUGCAAAGCUACAGACACGUUAUUCAGAAUCUGCUCUGAGGCUGAAUUAUCUAACCAAUUUUGGAUACUUCAAUCCCUACUAUCCUAAAUUUCUGCUUCCUUAUGAUUACAUGUAUUCCCAACAAGGAGUUAAUUCUAACUAUCCUCAUUUCAAUAACACAAGCCCUAGCAGCCAUUUAAGCAGAAGAUCUUCCGUGCAGUCAAAUGAUACGAUGCGAUCAUCACGCACCAACAGCAUGAACCAUUCCACUAAACCUGUUCCUCCAUUCUUGAUUAAUCUAGUAAAUCAAAGUAGUGGUGAUCUUGAAAAUGAUGUUGCUCCAUCAGAAGAAGAUACUGAAUAUUGCUCGGAUCCAGAGCAAUCGUCGACAAAUGAAUUUAUGGUUGUUGAAGGCGAAGAAGGUCAGCCAAUUAAGGUGAAUCCAUGUAGGCUAUUUGUCGGAAAUGUACCGUACACUUCUACUUGGACGUCGUUAAAGAAUUUUCUUCUAACGAGAUCCAAGGAACUAGAUUCCAAUAGUAACAUACAAUUACUAAGGGUUGAAAUCCCCAUGCAAUCACCCUCAAACACCAUGUCUAACACAGGCUCAGGAAAAGUCCAUUCAAUGCUCAACUUUCCUAUGUCGGAUAAGUCUAAAAUGAGAGGAGGUAGUCUGUUAAUGGGCGAAGAAAUGAAUAAAAGUAGAGGUUUUGCUAUUGUGACGACAGCAAACAAAGCCUCUUCCGACAAACUCAUAAAAUAUUUUGACGAUGCUGAGUUUGAAGGUCGAUCUCUUACCGUGAGAUACGACAAAUUCCCAGAUUAUAACAAUUAUGUUCUUCAACAAUUAUACCCUUACAAUAAUUCCAAAUUCAAUGGUAUUCACAACGCACCAUCCAAUGUCAAUAGCAUCAACAACAAAUCAUCAGUAUUAAGUAAUUUAGCAUUUGAGAGGAAUCUGUUUCAACAAAAGUUUUAUUAUGGCAAUUCUUCUCCUACUCCCGCUUACAUACCAUUUCCAUUUUAUUACAAUAUGGCACCACAACAGACUCAACAUCAAACUCCCUUUGCACAAUAUUAUCCACCAUCUUUUUCUGGAGACUAUAUGGCCGCAUCUAAUUAUCCCAAGCCUUCCACUAUUGAAAAUUCUAAUACAAUCAAAGUUGAUAAUUAUACAAAGGAGAGAGCCAAAGAAUCUGUGCAGGGGUUCAAAGAGAAUGAAGAUUUGGAUGACGAUCAAAAAGCCCGUGAAUUAGUUAAUUCUUUCAGAUCACUUGAAGUCUCUUCGACAAUGUCGUGA